AUGACUGUCCUAAACUCUGUUGGAAUUGCUCAUUCAAGGGAAAGAGUAUUCAUUUUCGGUGGCAUAGACAAACUUAAUACAAACACUUCAAUCAAAGUGGAAGGGGUACCGAUGUAUUUAUCAUAUAUCUAUAAUGUUACGGGAUCUCAAAUUCUUAUACCAGGCUAUCAACUUCUCUUUGCUUUUGCUCAUUCGGUAGUAGGCGUUGUUGGCGAUUAUAUGUUUAUUAUUGUACUUAGCUUUAAUGAUUAUCUUGAGAAUAGACAGAUGACUCGACUUCAUGCAGCAGGGGUCCAACCUCCUGGAUCAGAUGUAGUAUUGAUAUAUGGAGGCGUUACUUAUCAAAAUUCAAGUUCUCCUAAUAUAGGCAAUACAUCUAAUAUGAUGUUAGUAUACAACAUGACUCUUUGCUCAUGGACGGACAUCAUAAAUCUUGUGACAGAUGCUUCAGCCAAUAAUUUUGCUUUUAUUGAUGAAAAUUAUUCAACUACGUUAAAUUCUUCAAAUUCUCAACAGCUUCAAAUGGCUAUUUCCACCCCCAUUGUUGCUACUACAGAAUAUUAG